AUGGGUUCCUCCUGGUAUUGGUUGGGUUGUGGAAUUGCUGUCGCUUUAGUCUUGGAUUCUGCGAAUUCCCUUCGCAGUUAUGAGCCUGCUGAGGUAAUGAGCCAUGCUGCAGCUCAUUUCGGGAGGGCUUUAGAGGAAUGCCGCGGGGAGUCUGGGUUAACCAAAGAGACCAUGGAAGAGUUCAAGAUCUUUUGGAGCGAGGACUUCGAAGUGGUUCACAGAGAGCUGGGUUGUGCGCUCAUCUGCAUGUCCAACAAGUUCUCUCUCCUGCAGGAAGACGCACGCAUGCACCACGCAAACAUGAAUGACUAUAUCUUGAGUUUCCCUGAAGGUGAUAUACUCAACGCAAAAAUGGUGCAAAUGAUUCACAAUUGUGAGAAGCAAUACGAUGAUAUGGAGGAUGACUGUGCUCGCGUGGUUAAGAUAGCUGCCUGCUUCAAAAUCGCGGCUAAGAAGGCUGGCAUAGCUGCGGAAGUAACUAUGAUAGAGGCCGUCUUGGAGAAGUACAAUUAA